AUGGAAAUGAACAUCCUGUUCUUCAAGUCAGACUUGUGGAGUGGAGACAUAUCUGGACGUGGCAAGAGUAGCGGCAAAGCAAAGGCAAAGGCAAAUCAUUCUUCCCACAAUGGAUUGCAGUUUCCAGUCAGCUGUGUUCACAGGCUUCUCGGAAAAGUCAACUAUGCUGAAUGUGUCAGAGCAGCUCCUGUCUAUCUGGUGCUCAAUCUGAGUGCUGUGAUUCAGGAAUUAGUUGGUAGUUCUGCUUGCGACAAUGACAAUACCAGAAUCAUACCUCAUCAACAUCUGUUGGCCUUGCAUAACAACAAGGAGCUUAACAAGCAUUUGGUUGGAAUAAUAAUCACUCAGAGUGGUGUCUUCUCCAAUGUCGGUCUUCUCCUACUGCCCAGGAAAUCCGAAGAGCCCAUCAAGGCCAUAUAA